GCCGGACACGUGCGACACCUCCUCGCCAAAUAAAGGCAGCGCACCCUCCCGUCGCAUCGGGAAGCUUCUGGGCUCUACACGAAACAGUAGGUCCCUUCCCUUGAUCUCUCUCUCUCCCGUGACGAGCGGCGCGCGCCCCCUCUGUUCCAUACGAAUCCUCCGCGACCAAUAUGGCAAGGGGCUACAGUUACAGUCCAUCUCCGCCGCCAAGAGGCUACAGGGGAAGGGGAAGGGCACGCAGCCCAAGUCCACGUGGUGAUCGUUAUGGUGCCCAAGGUAGAGAUAUCCCGACCAGUCUUUUGGUCAGGAACCUUCGCCGGGACUGCAGGCCAGAUGAUCUUCGUAGGCCAUUUGGGCAGUUUGGCCGUCUGAAAGAUGUGUAUAUUCCAAGGGAUUAUCAUACUCAGGAGCCGAGAGGAUUUGGGUUUGUCCAGUACUUCGAUCCUGCUGAUGCUGCUGAUGCAAAAUACUAUAUGGAUGGACAGGUUGUUCUUGGCAGAGAAAUAGCAGUUGUGUUUGCCCAGGAGAACAGAAAGAAGCCUGGUGAGAUGAGAACCAGAGAAAGUAGCAGAGGCCAUAGCAGAGGCCGGUCUUACGAUCGGCGGUACUCUCCUUCUCCGAGGGCCCGGCCAUCUUACCGAGGCCGUAGCUACUCAAGGUCUCCCUCUCCUCGGUACUCAAGGCGCAGGUUCAGAGAGGAGUCUUACUCACGUUCACCCGCUGACAGCAGAUCAAGGAGCCCAACGCCUUCUGAUGGGCGUUACAGAAGGUCUGCGCGAAGAGAGAGGUCCGUCUCUGUUAGCGAAUGAAGUAGCAGUAGCUCUGUUUGGCGUUCAGAACUGCGGUGGAGACGACUAGUGCCUCGUGGUAAACCUAGUUGCUAUAUAUCACAAUAUUUUGAACCUUAUCGAAAUCCGUGGAUCUAUAUAGAGUUCGCCAUCGUGUACUAGCAGAAGUUUGAAUAAACUGCAGACUGGGGUGUGUGGCAGUGUGCGCUUAUGCUUUGUACUGUACGUGAGAUUCAGUAUGUAAAGAUGAUUACUUUGCGUUUCC